AUGUAUGAUGAAGACUCCUGUACACAUAGUACUCUUAAGAAUCAACAUAAAUUCAAGUCCAAGAACUCAUCGAAAUCAUCAAGAGCACAGGUUGUUAACCUCUUUUGCAACUCAAUCAUGUCGACUGUAUCUGCAAGCUCAGGCGCUAUUGAAGCUGGAGUCACAACUGUUUUUGUGGCUACUCUCAAAGGUUUUAAAGAUAUGGGCUAUGUUGAUGGUACUAUCCAAUGCCCACCUAAGACCAUUGAGAAGGAUAGUACUUAUACCAUGAAUCCAGAUUUCAUUUUAUGGGAACAACAGGACCAGUUGCUCCUCAGUUGGAUCCUUGCUUCUCUCUCAGAAGGUGUUUUGGCCCAGGUUAUUGGAUACACAAUCUCAAGAAGCGUAUGGAAUGCCCUGUCAAGGCUGUUUGCUUCAAAAUCAAAAUCUUGUGUGAUGCAACACAGAUUUGAAUUGACCCAUUUGAAGAAGAUGAAUCGGUCAAUGGCCGAUUAUCUAGAAAAUGAUCGUUUGAUCUCUGAUAGCUUUACUUCUGUUGGUGAAAUAGUCACAGACUCUGAACUGAUUCAAUUUGUGCUAGGAGGACUUGGCCUAGACUAUGAAUCUCUUGUUACUACUCUCUUGCUGAAGGGAGAAGAUCUAUCAUUUGAUGGCAUACAUGCUAUUCUUCUCAAUCAUGAGAUUCGAAUGCAGCACACUAGAUCUCUGUUUGAUCCAAUAUCUCCCCAGGCCAAUGUUGCAAUGCAAAAGCAAUCUUAG